GAUAAUGUUUUUUGUUUAAGCGAUAACUUUUUUGGAUGAGUUAAGCCCUUACAAUGCCGCCUAAGCGCUGUGCCCCUACGAAAGCUUCCUCCGGGGCGCCCAAGAGGAAGAAGAAGAUGAUGACCAUCAGCGAAAAAGUGAAACGUUUAGAUAUGAUCAAAGAGGGCAGAAGUUGUGCAUCUGCGGCACGCCGUUAUGGCGUGAAUGAAUGAAGAAAGAGGAAGCAAACAUCUGCAAAACUGCUUCAAUAAGGAAGCGAAACGUGUGGUAAUGCCACAUAAUAAGAGACAGGGUUAUGUCCUUGGACGGGAAUUUUGAAGCAAAAGAAAAAACAAAGACAACAACUACCCAUCACCAUGUUUUUCUUCAAGGUAAAACCCCAGCUACACCAUCAGCGCCUCCAGCAGAAGAGUCUCCGAGUGAACCUAAAGCCUCUACGAGUCAAGCGUCACAGAGAUGCAGACCCAUGAAGUCAUACCCCCUCCUAACCAGCCUCCACCCAAAUCACCUGAUCACGGAGAUGACGGACUGCUACUGGCAGAUGGAAGGCUUCUCGGGCUGCAGGAUGACAUCACAAAAAUCAAAUCUGACCUGGAAAACGCCCACGGGUGUAUAACACUCUUACUUACCCAAGUGGCCGAGAGGGACAAAGAGAUCGAUAAUCUGAAUCAUGCACUUCAUGGACCUCGUGAUGUCGUCUCUUUGGAGGAUCAGAACAAAAGCAAUAAGAAACUGAUCGGCUUUCUUAACAUUCAGAUCGAGAGCCUGCAAGAGAGCAAGAAGAAGCUGGAGCAGAAGCUGAAGGGACUGCAGCACAAGUCCUCCGCCGAAGUGGCCGACCUGUCCAUGAAGAACAACAAACUGUGUCGUGACCUGAUGGAAAAAAAAAAUCAUCAUGAAGCAAACCAAGAUGGAUAAGAAACAAGUGCUGGAUAUCGCCUACCGGAACUUGUCCGCUUCCAAAGAAGUCAUUAUAAGUCAACAGGAAGUUAUUAAAGAUUUGGAAGAUAACCUUGUAAAAAUAAGAGCGGAACUUCCAGAGACGAGUUCAAGUAGCUUAAUCACAUUGGAUCGGCUUGUUGACCUGGAAAAUGCCGUCCAGAACCUGAAGCGGGAGAAACUUGAGCUGCGUUCACAGCUCCAGACGUUGAGAGACAGCAUGUGGGAUGCGGAGCGGCGGUGGGACUUUCAGCCUGCGGAGCGGCUUCAGAGUGCAGAGACGGCGGCGGCGUCACAGCGGAUGAAAGCAGCUUGCGCUUUAAGUCAACUGCAGGGAGCGCCAAAUAGCCGCGAGAGGGAGCCCACGGGCCUGCCAAAACAGCGGCACGACUCCCAAGAAUGCAUUGUCAGAGAGAACAUGAGGAUCCAAGAUGACCUGACCGCUAGGACGAGAGAGAAGCAAGCUGCACACGUUGGCAUGGAGGAAGUUCUGCGUGAGCGGGACGAGCUCAAACUGAGCAUGAACGCUUACAUCAAUGCAAUGUACAGGAUCGAUGACCUGCUGAGGACAAAGGAUCAGGAGAAUUUCGAGAUGGUGGAGCACUUGCAAGCGGCCCACGCUGAGCUGCAAAAGCGGGAGCGGGGGCUGCAGCAAUGGAAGGACCUCUUCAGUGCCAUUGGCGUGGAGCUGCGCAAAGCCCAGGAAGGGCAGGCGGCUCUCCUCGUCGACCUGGCCUGCGUCCGGGAGCUUUGCGCCAGACUGGACUCGGACAAGGAGCUCGCCGCGUGCGAGCUUACAUCCAAGAGCGUGGAGCUCGACACGAGCUGCUGA